AUGGCUCAGAUAAAUUGUACCCAGGUGUCAGAGUUUAUUCUUGCGGGCCUCACAGAUCACCAGGAGUUGAAGAUGCUCCUCUUUGUGGUAUUUUUAUCCAUCUACCUUUUCACAGUAGUAGGCAACCUGGCUUUAAUUCUUGUCAUUAGAACAGAUGCAAGAUUCAACACACCAAUGUACUUCUUUCUUAGCCACCUGGCUUUUGUCGAUUUCUGUUACUCUUCUGUCAUCACACCCAAAAUGCUUGGAAAUUUCUUGUACCAACAAAAUGUCAUCUCCUUCAAUGCAUGUGCUGCUCAAUUAGGUUGCUUUCUGGCUUUCAUGACAGCUGAGUGCUUGCUACUGGCCUCCAUGGCCUAUGAUCGAUAUGUGGCCAUUUGUAGCCCACUACUGUAUAUGGUUGUAAUGUCCCCAAGAAUCUGCCUUCAGCUUGUAGCUGCCCCCUAUAGCUAUAGCUUCUUGGUUGCACUGUUUCAUACCAUCCUCACCUUCCGUCUCUCCUAUUGCCAUUCUAACAUAAUCAAUCAUUUCUAUUGUGAUGACAUGCCUCUCCUCAGGCUGACUUGCUCAGACACUCACUCCAAACAGCUGUGGAUCUUUGCCUGUGCGGGUAUCAUGUUCAUUUCCUCUCUUCUGACUGUCUUUGUCUCCUACAUGUACAUCAUUACUACCAUUCUGAAGAUGCGUUCCUCCGAAGGAAGGCACAAGGCCUUCUCUACAUGUGGUUCCCAUAUGCUGGCCGUCACUAUUUUCUACGGAACCCUGAUCUUUAUGUAUUUACAGCCCAGCUCAAACCAUUCUCUUGACACAGACAAGAUGGCCUCCGUCUUCUACACAGUGAUCAUUCCCAUGUUGAACCCCUUGAUCUAUAGCCUCCGGAACAAAGAGGUGAAGUAUGCUCUGAAGAAAACUGUCAUCAAUAAAAACCAGGCCUUUCUGUCCAUGAAAUUAAAAAAGUGACUUGAAUAAAUAAAAAUAGACUUUUCUUCAUGGCCUGAUUUUUUUUUUCUUUCCUAUUAGAAAACUAGUAGAAUGCGUGUUUUUUAGUAAGUGAUCAAAUUAUUUUUUAGUAAGUGAUCAAUACAUAUUAAUUACCUCCACAUGAAAUUAUUUUCUAGAGACUUCCACUUAGAAUGAGAUUUUAAAUGUACAAGUAACCAUAAGAAUUUACAGCCAUUCUUUCAUUCCUCAAAUGGAAAAU